AUGGGAGGAGAAAAGUUUGACUCAACCCAUCCGGAAGGUUACCUGUUUGGAGAGAACAGUGAUCUGAACUUUCUGGGGAACAGACCAGUCGCGUUUCCUUAUGCUGCCCCACCUCCCCAAGAACCCGUGAAGACUCUCAGAAGCCUGAUCAACAUCCGAAAGGAUACACUGAGACUGGUCAAAUGCGCCGAGGAAGUGAAGAGCCCUGGGGAAGAGGCCGGCAAAGCCAGAGUCCACUACAAUGUUGAGUUCACCUUUGACACGGACACUCGGGUAGCCAUCACCCUCUACUAUCAGGCCACCGAAGAGUUCCAGAAUGGUAUUGCCAGCUACAUUCCAAAAGACAACAGCCUUCAGUCGGAGACUGUGCACUACAAGCGAGGGAUGUGCCAGCAGUUCUGCCUGCCCUCCCAUACCGUGGACCCCUCGGAAUGGGCUGAGGAGGAGCUUGGCUUUGAUCUGGACCGAGAGGUUUACCCUCUAGUGGUACACGCUGUGGUGGAUGAAGGAGACGAAUAUUUUGGCCAUUGCCAUGUGCUGCUGGGUACUUUUGAAAAGCACACAGACGGAACUUUCUGUGUCAAGCCCCUCAAACAGAAACAAGUAGUAGAUGGGGUCAGCUACCUCCUUCAGGAGAUCUACGGAAUUGAAAACAAGUACAACACACAAGAUUCUAAGGUGGCUGAGGACGAAGUGAGCGACAACAGUGCCGAGUGUGUGGUGUGUCUCUCGGACGUCCGGGACACCUUGAUUCUGCCCUGUCGCCACCUCUGCCUCUGUAACACCUGCGCAGACACCCUGCGCUACCAGGCCAACAACUGCCCCAUCUGCCGACUGCCCUUCCGAGCGCUGCUUCAGAUCCGAGCCAUGAGGAAAAAAUUGGGCCCCUUAUCCCCAACCAGCUUUAACCCCAUCAUCUCAUCCCAGACAUCUGACUCUGAGGAGCAUUCAUCCUCAGAGAAUAUCCCACCAGGAUAUGAAGUGGUGUCUCUUCUGGAGGCCCUCAAUGGGCCCCUCACCCCGUCCCCAGCAGUCCCUCCACUUCAUGUGCUUGGAGAUGGCCACCUCUCAGGAAUGCUGCCAUCGUAUGGUAGCGAUGGCCACCUGCCCCCUGCCAGGGCGCUCUCCCCUCUUGACCGCCUGUCUGACUGCAGCAACCAAGGACUCAAGCUCAAAAAGAGUCUCUCCAAAUCCAUUUCCCAAAAUUCUUCUGUGUUACAUGAAGAGGAGGAUGAGCGUUCCUGCAGUGAGUCAGAAACACAGCUUUCUCGGAGACCGUCAGCCCAGCAUCUCGGAGAGGAAUGUGGUGUGACUCCAGAAAGUGAGAAUCUCACCUUGUCAUCAUCAGGAGCUAUUGACCAGUCGUCUUGCACGGGGACGCCCCUCUCGUCCACAAUCUCCUCCCCAGAAGGCCCUGCCAGCAGCAGUCUGGCCCAGUCUGUCAUGUCCAUGGCGUCCUCCCAGAUCAGCACCGACACCGUCUCCUCCAUGUCCGGCUCCUACAUCGCCCCCGGCACUGAAGAGGAGGGAGAGGCUCUCCCUUCCCCCCGGGCUGCCAGCAGGGCCCCCUCAGAAGAAGGAGAGGGAAACGAUGUCAUAGAGGAAGAGGAUGGAUCACCCACACAAGAAGAUGGCCAAAGGACAUGCGCAUUUCUAGGUAUGGAGUGUGACAAUAACAAUGACUUUGACAUCGCAAGCGUGAAAGCACUGGACAAUAAGCUGUGCUCUGAGGUCUGCUUACCCGGUACCUGGCAGGCUGAUGACAACGUUGUCAGUCGUCGCAACGCCCAGCACCGGCGCCUGUCAUCCAGCAGCCUGGAGGACCCCGAGAAUAGGCCCUGUGUGUGGGGUCCUUUGGCUGUCUGAGAGCCCCAGCCGCUGUACCGGGCUCUCAUCCAGUCCUCACGUUCCCUCUGUCCUCACCGGGCUGCGGGCCUCCUGGACAUCCUCACCAAGACACGUGUAGACUUUUUAUACUCAUGCAAAAGCUGGACGUUGAGUUCAGCCCGCUCCUCCCAACCUCGCCUCCUGUAUCUGUGGUCCUUCCCCUCUCAGAAGGGACUGGAAGCCCUCCUUUCCUUUCUCCUUGUGGACUGAAGCCAAUCGAUGAACUGCAGCUCAUGAGACCCUUUGCAGAGACUCUCUGGAAUGUUCCCGCUGUAUGUUAACGUUCAGGUGGAGCUGAGGUCCACAGGCUAGUUGUUUCUUAUGCAUCUUCUUUCUCCUUAAGGGUUAAACUGAGAAGACUUGGAGUUUUGGCAGCUGUCGUACAAACAUCCAUCUGGCAUUUUCUGGUCUCUGGCACAUCAUAACCAACUUGAAACCCCAGUUUGGGGUGG